AUGUCUGUCAUUUCCUAUUAUAAUCAAUCAAUUGAUAAUGAUUUGGAAGGUGUGCCUAAAGAUGUGGAAAAUAGUUCAAAACGAGAUAUAAUUAUUUACAGUAUAUUGUUUGUCAUCUCUGCCGCUGGAAAUAUAUCCGUUUUUACGGCAUUAUUGCGAAAUCGUAAUCGAAAAUUGAGAAUCAAUUUAUUGAUAUUUAAUUUAGCCAUCGCUGACCUGAUUGUCACAUUCAUAAUGAUUCCUCUUGAGGUCGGCUGGAGAAUCACCGAGUCGUGGAUCGCUGGAGACUUCGCUUGUCGACUACUACAGGCUUUACGUGCUUUUGGACCGUAUUUGUCAUCAAUGGUAUUGGUCUGCAUUUCAUUUGAUCGAUACUUUGCUAUAAUACAUCCGUUAAAAGUAAAUGAUGCCCACAGAAGAAGCAAAAUCAUGUUAUCUUUUUCAUGGAUUAUAAGCAUUGCCUGCAGUGCACCACAAAGUAUGAUAUAUCACGUUGAGUCACAUCCAGAUUAUCCUAAAUUUGAACAAUGCGUUACUUUCAACUUCUUCAAAACCGCUUGGAAGGAGACCUUCUAUAAUAUAUUCUGUGUAAUGGCUCUCUAUGUGGUACCACUUCUUAUAAUAAUCUGUUGUUAUACCAGAAUAUUAUGGGAAAUAUAUCGCAGAUCUAAAGAAUCGUCUGAAGGAAAAAGUGGUGAAUCGAGUAAUAAUAAGCAAAUAUCGUCUGAAUAUAAUUGCAAAUCACGACAAACUCAAAGCCAGAGAUUAAAUAAUUCGUCGAUAACUCGAAACCGAAUGCAUUUGAGACGAUCGGACGUCACACAGAUAGAGAGGGCCCGAACCCGGACUCUCAGAAUGACUCUAAUCAUUGUAUUAGCAUUUGUCUGGUGUUGGACACCAUAUGUCUUCAUUGUCUUAUUAUAUCAGAUUGAUUCAGAAACGGCCAAAAAAUUGGAUAAAGGCUUACAAAACACACUAUUCAUGUUUGCCGUUUCCAACUCUUGUGUCAAUCCAUUAGUUUACGGAAGUUAUUCAUUGAAUUUCAGGAGAAUCUGGAAAAGAUAUUUUGCUAAAUAUUCAUUCAUACCAUUCAACAAACACGACUCUAAUACUGAUGCCAACACUUCCAGGAGAUCCACUUAUAUUGACGACAAUACUACUUAUUCCAAUGUUGAGGUCAGUCCUCCCAGUCCUUUAUCUUAUGAGAUAACAGUCGACGUAAACGGAUCUAUAUCUACAUUACAUCAUAACAGUGAACGAAAAACUAAAUAA